AUGCCUGAAUUAAAAAAUAAAUUAGCUGUUGGAGAUGUACAAAGUGCUCAUACAAAAACUUUUAAAACAGUCACUGGACAGAAUAUGCCAGUUGCAAAUUUCCAACUUGAAGUAAUUAGACAACUAUUAGAAAAAUAUGGUGGAAAUACAGUAAGCCCCAGAGGAAGACCAUGUACAAAAGAUCAACCAUUUCGACUAUCAGCUCGGCAUUUUCCAUCAGAUGUAAAAAAAUUAGAGUCAGGAAAAGUACAAAGGAGAAAAUGCAUAGUUUGUACCAGAAACAACAAAAGAAAGGAUACAAUGUAUAUGUGUCAAGAAUGUGAUGUCGGUCUGUGUGUUACACCAUGUUUCGCCAUUUACCACACUAAACAAAAUUAUUUGGAUAUACAAUUAUUUUAA